AAACUGAUAUAAAUAGUUAAACUGCCUCUGUGACUAUUCUUCAGUGCGCCAACAUGAUUGGGUUUGUGGUUCUUCUGUCCUUCAUUGGGCUGAUUUGUGCUGAAGCACCCUUCAACCAUAAUGUGCACAAUCAGAGGGUCAUAGGAGGCCAUGAUGCUCCUCGCAACGCCUGGAAAUGGCAGGUUUCUCUCCAGCAGGACGCAUACAAUGAUGGUUACUACUACCACCUCUGUGGAGGCACUCUCAUUGAUCCUUUCCACGUUAUGACAGCAGCUCACUGUAUCCUCAGCAUGGAUGCUAGUACGUACCGUGUGGUGCUUGGUGAGUAUAACCUGUAUGAGUACGAUGGCAGUGAGCAGUUCCACCGUGUGACAAGGAUUACUGUCCAUCCUGGGUGGACUGGAGACCUUGCCAAAGGAAAUGAUAUUGCUAUCUUGAGACUGGCUGAUUCUGCGUAUGACAACGGCCAUGUGGCUGUUGCCAACCUGCCCGGACCCGGUCAGACCCUGCCUCAUGACUUCACCUGUUACAUCACCGGCUGGGGACUUAUGGACUACAUGGGGAGCGUCCCUGCCAUUCUGCAACAGGCUGCCAUCCCGGUGGUGGCGCAUUCAGUCUGCUCCCAGCCUAACUGGUGGGGCAACAUUGCUCUGGAAACCAUGGUGUGUGCUGGAGGGGAUGGAGUCAUAUCCGGCUGCCAGGGCGACUCUGGAGGUCCCCUGAACUGUUUCACCAAUGGAGACUGGAGAGUCUACGGUGUUGUCAGUUACGGUCCAUCUGGCAUGUGCAACCAAAUGACUAAGCCCACCGUCUUCACCAGAGUCUCUUCCUUCCAGGACUGGAUCUAUUCAGUUUUGUAAAAUCUACACAACAAUCAACUGUCACAUGGAACCAGUAAAAUAAAAUGAAUAUGGUCUUA